CUGCUUUUAUUUAUAAAGGUUAUUUUACGGCCAGAUGAGGAAGUGGUAAUAGACCAAGGUGGGACAAGCUCGGUGUUGAACAUCCACUAUGAGAAAGAAGAACUUGAAGGUCACAGGACUCUCUUCGUGGGUGUUCGGAUGCCCCGACAGAGCCAUCGACACCACAAGGCUCAUGGCUCUCGGCAUCGUAAGAAAGACAAGAGGACAGGAAGCAUUACAAUGCAACAAAGCGGCGGAAAUGAGAAGAUUCCCUGUCAUGACACGCCGUCCCAGCGGGUCCAGUUCAUUCUGGGAACUGAAGAAGAUGCUGAGCAUGUGGCCCACGAGUUGUUCACUGAGCUUGAUGAGAUCUGUGUGAAAGAUGGCAAAGAUGCUGAGUGGAAGGAAACGGCCAGGUGGCUAAAGUUUGAGGAGGAUGUGGAGGAUGGGGGUGAGAGGUGGAGCAAGCCGUACGUGGCUACGCUUUCUCUCCACAGUCUCUUUGAGUUGCGGAGUUGCAUCAUCAAUGGCAGUGUGUUGCUCGACAUGCAUGCUGACUGUAUUGAGGAGAUUGCAGACAUGGUCCUGGAUCAUCAGGAGGCUUCUCAUGAACUGGACGACAGUGUGAGGAUAAAAGUGCGGGAGGCCUUGCUAAAGCGGCACCACCACCAGAAUGAGAAGAAGAAAAACCUCAUGCCCAUCGUGCGCUCCAUUGCAGAGGGGACUCGCAAACAAUCAGAGCCUCAUCUAACAGCUGGGUCAGCCACAUCUCCGCAACCUGCACCCCCAAUAGAGCCUGCCAAGAAUGGCGCAGGACAGGAUGGGCAUCAAGUGGACCUCAGCAAAGUGGACCUUCAUUUCAUGAAGAAGAUCCCAGAGGGAGCUGAGGCCUCUAAUGUCUUGGUCGGAGAGCUGGACUUCUUGGAGAGACCCAUUGUGGCCUUUGUUCGCCUGUCCCCUGCUGUGUUGCUCACUGGCCUCACCGAGGUCCCAAUACCCACAAGAUUCCUCUUCAUUCUUUUGGGCCCUGAUGGAAAGGCUCAGCAAUACCAUGAAAUUGGACGCUCUAUGGCAACUAUUAUGACAGAUGAGAUCUUCCAUGGUGUGGCAUACAAGGCAAAGGACAAAAGUGACCUGCUAGCUGGGAUAGAUGAGUUCUUGGACCAAGUGACUGUCUUGCCCCCCGGAGAGUGGGACCCUUCUAUUCGUAUUGAGCCUCCCAAAAAUGUCCCAUCUCAGGAGAAGAGGAAGAUGCCUGGUGUCCCAAAUGGGGCAGUCUACCAAGUAGAAGAAGAGCUACAUGCGGAGCACCAUGGACCUGAGCUGCAGAGAACUGGAAGGUUGUUUGGUGGUUUGAUAAUGGACAUCAAAAGGAAGGCUCCCUUCUAUCUGAGUGACUAUAAAGACGGUCUGAGCCUGCAGUGCGUGGCCUCUUUCCUCUUCCUAUACUGUGCCUGCAUGUCUCCUGUCAUCACCUUUGGGGGGCUGCUUGGAGAGGCAACAGAGGGACGCAUUAGUGCCAUUGAGUCUUUACUCGGUGCAUCCAUGACUGGGGUAGCCUACUCACUGUUUGCUGGCCAGCCUCUCACGAUUCUGGGUAGCACAGGACCUGUCCUGGUCUUUGAGAAAAUCCUUUUCAAAUUCUGCAAGGACUACAACCUCUCCUACCUGUCACUAAGGGCCUGCAUUGGCAUGUGGACAGCAUUGUUGUGUUUGUUGCUAGUUGCCACAGACGCCAGCUCUCUGGUGUGCUACAUCACUCGCUUCACAGAAGAGGCCUUUGCCGCCCUCAUCUGUAUCAUCUUCAUCUAUGAGGCCUUGGAGAAGCUGUUCCACCUGGGAGAAAUUUACCCUUUCAAUGCACACAGUGAUCUGGACAAGCUCACACUAGCAUACUGCAGGUGUACAGAGCCAGUUAAUCCGAGCAAUAAAACUUUAGAACUGUGGAGCGAGAGAAACAUCACAGCUGCUUUUGUUCCUUGGGCCAACCUCACUGUCAAGGUAACCUAA